GUCCAGGCUUGUCUUGAAUUCCUGGCCUCAAGCAAUCCUCCUGCCUUGGUCUCCAAAAUUGCUGAGAUUACAAGCUUGAGUCACCGCAUCCAACCCUGACAUCUCUAUUUUUCAAAUGACUCAUUCCAUAGCUGAGAGACGAGUGCCUGGGUUGCAGAGGAAGAGGGGAGGGAUACAUGUUGCUAAAUUGCUUUCCCUAAGGGCGUGCCUGGAGCAUGUGCCAGUUUUGAAUAUCAGCUUGUAAUAUUCCUGCACACUGGAACAUCGUUUUAGUAAGCAAGCAUUUGACACCUGCACAUGUGUUAGGAUGCUCUUUGCAUUGUCAGCCAAGGAAAGCCCCGUACACAGCAUCAGUUGGAGACACGCAGUUUUCAGCUGUGCGUCUCUUCUCUCAAAGCCACACUCAGUUUUGAACAAAUGGUGACACCUGAGAAGCAUGGUGACCACUCUGAUGAAGCCUUUUGUUUUGCUUUCAGACAAUGAGUAUAUAUUUAUGGAUUUGGAGCAAAAGCUCAGCAAGUACUUCUCAAAAGACUGGAAGAAAGAAAUAUAUGAAGAAAAUGAGAAACCCAGAGCCCCUUUCGUGGCGUUCCUCCGGGUGCAGCACUACGUGGAAAACGGAAGGGUCAUAAGCGACCACAGGGCACGGCACCUGUACUACUGCCACCUGAAGGAGCGUGUGCUGAGGUCGCAGUGCGCCCACCGGGAGGAGGCCUACUUCCUGUUGGCUGCCUGCGCGCUGCAGGCUGACCUGGGCGACCACCGGGAGCCGGCCCACACCGGGAGGUACUUCGAGCCACACUCCUACUUCCCGCAGUGGAUCACCACCAAGAGGGGGAUUGACUACAUCCUCCGGCACAUGCCUGCUCUGCACCGUGAGCGCCAGGGCCUGAGCCCCAAGGAGGCCGUGCUGUGCUUCAUCCAGGAGGCCUGCCGGCUGGAGGACGUACCCGUGCACUUCUUCAGGCUGCACAAGGAUAAGAAGGAAGGUCACCCCACCGUGAUCCUGGGACUGACCCUCAGGGGAGUGCACAUCUACCAGGAGGUGGACCGCGCUCCGCAGCUGCUCUACGACCUCCCCUGGCCCCACAUUGGGAAGCUGGCAUUUCUGGGGAAGAAGCUGGAGAUCCAGCUGGACGGGCUGCCCGCGGCACAGAAGCUGGUUUACUACACGGGCUGCACCUGGCGCUCGAGGCACCUGCUGCACCUGCUGCGCGCCAGCCACCAGCUCCACCUCCGCGUGCGGCCCACACUGCGGCAGCUGCGACAGCGGGAGGCGGCAGAAGAGAAGCAGCGCUACCGGGAGUCCUACAUCAGCGAUGGGCUGGAGCUGGACCCGGACAGCAGGGGCUCCCCGGGCAGCGGGGUCAGCAGCCAGCACUGCCCUCACCGCCUCUCACGCCACUCCACCGACAGCCAUGGCAGCUCCCACACGUCAGGCAUCGAGGCCGACUCCUGGCUCAGGGAAUCCAGAGAGAUGUCUGUGGACACACCCUUGGAGGUCCAGGGUCUCCAUGAGAAGGAGCCGUCCUCCAGCCUCAGGACCAGCCGCAGCCACCCCAGCAUAUGUGGUGACAGCCAAGCCAUUCGCCAGGAACCCUGCACCGAGGUCAGGACCAGAGGCCAGAGCACCGAGGCUGUGCACCAGAUCUGGGAAAUGAAAGCCGGGGUCAGCGAGGAGCCGCACAGCCGCAGCCUGGACGACACACGUCGGCACCAGCUGGCCCUGCACCCAGCGCCCACCUCACCCAGCCGUACCUUCUGCUGCGCCCCAGACUGCGGGCUGACAGCCCCCUGCGAGAACAGGGCCACUCUCCACAGCAAGAGGUCCAGCAACUGCCUCACCCUGGACCUGUUCGGAGAGGCCCCACCCCCACAGGAGUUUGUGGUGUAGGCGCCAUUCACCCAGCAGCGCGGUCUGCACCGCCAGGCUCAGCCCCUGCCCACCCCACUGCCACGUGGCCCUCGGCCCUUCCUGCCCGCUGGAUGCUGCCCACACCUCCACAGCCAGCACGCUCCACAGGUUCACCUGUAAGAGGUGUGGAGUGGCUCUGACAUCAACCUUGGAGGUGACAAACAGGUCCCACACCUCAUCCCUGCCCUCGGUGCACCCAGGAGCUCCUUCCAUCGGGGUCUCCAGGGAGCAGGUUCAAGGUCUGGCUGUCGAGUGUCCAGAGACCCAUGGUGUUGGCCCCUGAGGCAGCCUGUCACCCAUCCUAGUCUGGGAGAGAAGGUGACACAGCUGGGCCCAGACCCUGGAGAGAGGGCUCUGCAGUAUCCCACACUGCCAGCUCCCCGAGAGACAGCUCCCAAGCCAGAGUUCACAGUGGUCAUCACUGUACAGGACCCAGGCUCCUCCUAGACCUGAACCCCUCUCUGUAACUCCUGUUCGCCAGCGCUGGGCCUGCCAGACAGAGGCCCUUCUUGAGGUACAAGCCCAGCUCUGUCACCUGAGAUCCAGCCAGAGACCCUCCUCCACCAUCCGCAGUCAAUGGCUGUGCUUUCCCUUCCCGGUCAGGGCUUCCAAAGACCCCACUGCCCCGGAGCUGACGCUGACUCUGUUCCCAUCUCAGCCGUGAGGCCUCGGGACCCGCUCUGCUCACUGGUGGCUUCCUUAAGCCAUUGCCCUGGCUGGGGUGGGGCUGGUGCAGCCCAGUUGGUAGAGGGGAGAGGCUUUGGUGAUAGAUGGGGAGUGGGGGACUAGCUAUGCAUGGCACCUGCUUUGACCCCGGUGAACUCCAGGGGUAAUGCAACCUCGGUACCGUGGGCUCUGGAAGGCCACCAGGGUAGGGUCUCCCCAGGGCUCCUCCCCCUGCAUGAGACUCCUGCACACGUGCAAACCUGCUGUCCUCUGCAUUUAGAGGAAUGGCCCGUGUAUCCCUGCUAGUCUCAGGCCCAACACAGAGCACUGAGAGGCCACAGUGGUUCAGCCCUGUGUCCUGAACACCACUGCCCCCUUCAUUGUCUGCGUGGUGAAGACGCCGCCGCACCACCCUCCAGCUCACUGGAGACAAGCGUGAGCUUGAGCCCCGUGGCCUGGUGCAGGGCCACGUGCAUUGAGGCCGCCUCUUUGACGGGUCCAUCCAGGGGGGCCCUCUCCUUUCUGUGAAAGGGAAUCCUGUGUGUGCCCCAGGCACGUGUAAUAAAGAACCCGAGAGAUGCCUCCUGCUUGAACCAGGACCCGCCUGCCUGGGGGGCUGGUGAGACACCGGCUGUAACUCACUCAGGGGUAUCGGUCACAGAAGGUUGCGUUCUGUAGAUGGCCACGAGCCCCAGUGCUGCCGAGGGCAAGACCGUCCACAAUGCAACAGGGGAGGGGUGCCUAGUGCUGGCUCAGAUGUGGGCAUGUGGGCACUUCCCAAAGCCAUUCCCAUUAGUACAAGAUAAUUGAUUUGCCCUGGUCCGGGGCAAUGACCGUCUUCUUCCCUUGAAGAAACGAAAGCAACAGCCCAGUCCCGUAGACCAUGCGGGAAGGCACAUACCAGUGUUGGGGAGACGCAGGAGGUGGUGUCCGCCAUGAGGCAGGGUCUGAGCUAAGACCUACAUGCACACAUGCACACACACACGCACACACACGCACACGUGCACACACACGCGCACACACACAUGCACACACACGCACACAUCCACACACGCACACAUCGGCACAGGCACACACGCAUGUGCACACUCCCCAUGUCCAGGCUUCCCCUGCCAGUCACCUUCGCCACAUGCCAUAGACCCCAGAGGCAGCAAAGGCCGGGCCAGCGCACCCCUAACUUGUGGAAGGGUCACACUGCAGCCGGCCCAGCGCCUUGUGUCCUGGCAGAGGCGAGGCAGCCAUGGCCCUUGGCUGACCCAAGAAGCCGCUCUGGCCCCACUGGGAUUCCUAUUUCUGUCCUUCCUCUGGACCUUGUGGACAGACAUGGAGAAUUAUGCCAGAUGCCUGUUAACUACCGGGUAGGCCUGCUCCGAAGACUCUAAUCUCUGGUGUUCAGAGUACGUGGAGAGGACAAUUAGAGGCCCGCUGCUCUGAGCCUUGCCCAAGAGAGGAUGGCCAGGCAGGCCACAUGAAGCCUGUGUGGGCCACUGGCUCAGACACACCCAGCCAGGGCUGGGGCAGGCUCCCCUGAGGCUUGAGCCUCAGCCUUGCUCACCGCCCCUUCCCACAGCCUCCUCCGACAUCCACCCACACCUGGAGGGGCAGGAGCGGAGCUGGAAGCAGAAGGCCAGCCUGGGAGGGGCCCUCCUUCCCAGAGAGAAAGCAGCAGAGCCGGGCUGCGGGAAGUGGGGGAAGCCAGGCUUUCCUUGUGUACAGAUUGAGAUCAGAGGUCUUUUAGGCAAUACAGCUAUUUUGCAGGAAAAUGGACACCGACUGGUAGGGACAGGGAUGGUGCCUAAGAAGGAAGGGAGGGGGCAGGGCUGGGGGUGGCCUGCAAAUGGACAGAGGCCGCUGUGUACAGGGGGGCUUGCAGCCUCCAGGUGGCAUGAGGCAGGCAGGUGUGGGAGGGGCACAGGGUAAAGUCCCCAGUCCCUGUCCUACCCUGUCGGUGGACAGGAAAAGAAACCCACCUGUCCCAGUCCCUGCAGACCCCCGAGGAGCAGGCCAAGGACCUCCAGCAUCACAGCUUCGCACGACCAAGGCUGGGGUGGCCGGUCCUGUGGCCGGGGCCAGGUCUGCAGUCAAGCCAGCAGGUCCAGACUCGUAAGAACCACCCAGAGGGCUUGUUGGGGCUGGGUCUCUGGGCCCUCCACUGAGUCUGCUUCUGUGGGUCUCGCUGGGACCCGGAACCUGCAUUGCUGCCGCGGGGGUCUGGGUCUGAGGGCGCAGCUUUCUCUGCUGGGUGGGGUGUGGGAGGCAGCAGAUCCUGCUCCUGGGGGCAGUUGGUCUGAGCAGUGACAGGGUGGCCCUGGGCAGGGUAGGGCCGGUUCCCUCUUGCCUAUGUUGAAGCAUGGCCCCCUCUGGGCCCCCAGCCAUCCGCUCAGCCUCCCUCACGGAAGAUGGAGAAUUCCAGACAGCGCUCGUCCUUCCUCCAGGAAAGCCUGCUCCAUCCACGGUGAUUGAGGGCCUGAGAAGCUCUGCUCUUGGGCUGAACCCCAAGCAGGAGGAGGCCGGGGUCCUCAGGUGCCCAUCUGGGAGGCCCGGGGCAGCCAGCAACCGCCUCUGCAUCUGGGCUGUCACAGGAGAGAAGCUCCCAAGCCGAGCAUCAGCCUGUCGUGGCCCAUGGACUCUGGGUUCCCAGGCAGGGGAAAUGUGCCACAGAACCACAGGGAAGGCCGCCGUGGCCCACAGACUCUGGGUUCCCAGGCAGGGGAAAUGUGCCACGGAACCACAGGGAAGGCCGCCGUGGCCCACGGACUCUGGGUUCCCAGGCAGGGGAAAUGUGCCACGGAACCACAGGGAAGGCCGCCGUGGCCCACGGACUCUGGGUUCCCAGGCAGGGGAAAUGUGCCAGGACCACAAGGAAGGCUGAGCUCUGGGGACCUGCCAGUGCGUUCACAAAGUUUUAUCAUUUUGUAAAACUUGCAGAAAACUCAGCCGUCUGUGUUUGGGACCAGCAGCCCCUUCCACUCAGGGUUCAUCCGUCAUGCUCGUUUCACCUUGAGGGGCACUGAGGGACCUGGGGGUGUGAGGGACCCACGUAGGGAGGCUGAACUGGACACGCACUUGGCUCGGUCUGCUGGGAGACGUUUCAGGGUUCCCAGUCAUGUCGUCUCCACCUGUAGGAGCAGCAGGGAGUCUCAGGACAGGAUGGCCAGGGCCAGAGGUCACCUGGCGAGGGGGACAUGUACUCCCAGCCUGGGAGGUGUGGGGACUGCAAGAGAAACGGAGCUGGCAGUGGGAGGCUGGAUGUGGUAGGAAAUGCCGGUCCUGCAGCCGGACCCACGACCGUUCUCACAGCAGCGAGCUGUGAUGGGGAGGCUGCCUUUCAGGUGCCAAGGUUAGAACACAAUCCCGGGCAGCCCUGCCGGGAGAAAGCUGGUAUUCUACAGAGGUGUGCGAAGAGACAACCAUGCGGUGGGGAAAAUGGCCUGGGUCGAUUGUUUAUUAAUUACAGGCAGCUACCAAUAAAACCGUCACCGAA